AUGGAAUUUUCGUCAGAACAUCCAAAUGAAUUGACACUUCUCAAACGAGAAUCAAAAACAUACGAAGCAAUCCAACAAGGUGUAAUCAUUGGAUUACUUAUUAUUAAUGGGUACUCCAUUGAAAUUAAUGCACCAAGUCGUUUUGCUAUAAAAUCACUUCAACUAUUCAGCAUCAACGAAAUCUAUUUUAAUUCAAUUGCAAUGAAGUUUGGAAUAACAAUCAAUGUAUCAUGUGAACUUGGCUAUGAAGAAGAGAUGAAAGAGAAAGGAGAGAUGGAUGAGAAGACAAAGAAAAGAGUCAUCAAAAACACAAAACGAAGAAGGGAUAUAAACAAAUCAGCAAUAACAUUCAACACAAUGGUUCAAAUGGUAGAAAACAUUGGAUAUAAAAUCACAAAGAGAUCAAUCAAAAGUGCAAAGAAAACAAUCCAAAUGAUCAAAAUCAAAGAAAUUGGAAUUGGAGAAGAAUGGAAAAUGAAAGAAGAAAGAAUUCAAGAAAUUGGAAGUUUAAUCAAUCAAUACAUUAAAGGACUCAUCACAGGAACAGGUAAAACAAUUAUACUAAGAAAUGAUGAUCAAUACAUUAAUUCAUUAUUCAUCAUCAAUAAUGAAGAAGAGAAUAAAUGGAUGAAUAUAUCAGAAAGUACUUCACAUGAAGUGUUUUUAUUGUAA